UCUCCAAGCCAAACUCCAACCCUUUUAUCUCCAUCAUCGCUUCAUUCCAUCCCCAAUCCAGCCUCUCCAUCUCGUUUCCACGCGCGAUCGCGGGCUGACCGCGUUGCUUGUCUUGUGCUUUGUUGCGCCGCAGAACCCAGCAAUUGCCGAGCUCCUCCAUGACUCGCUCACAGUCGUCAACGUCCACGGCCGACGACCCCGCCGAGAACACGGCCGACGAGGAAGAUUCCGAAGAUUACUGCAAGGGCGGCUACCAUCCCGUCCAGAUUGGCGAGAACUUCAAGGACGGCCGGUACACGGUGGUGCGCAAGCUGGGAUGGGGCCACUUCUCGACCGUGUGGCUGUCGCGCGACAACAGCAACGGCAAACACGUUGCGCUCAAGGUGGUGCGGUCCGCCACGCACUACACCGAGACGGCCGUCGACGAGAUCAAGCUGCUCAAUAAGAUUGUCCAGGCGAACCCCGACCACCCCGGCCGCAAGCACGUCGUCAGCCUGCUGGACUCGUUCGAGCACAAGGGCCCCAACGGCACGCACAUGUGCAUGGUGUUUGAGGUGCUGGGCGAGAACCUGCUGGGGCUCAUCAAGCGAUGGAACCACCGCGGCAUCCCCAUGGCGCUGGUCAAGCAGAUCACCAAGCAGGUGCUGCUGGGCCUGGACUACCUGCACCGCGAAUGCGGCAUCAUCCACACCGACCUCAAGCCCGAGAACGUCCUCAUCGAGAUUGGCGACGUCGAGCAGAUCGUCAAGAGGGUCCUGCCCCAGGGCGGCGACAAGGACGAGAAAGAAAACAACCGCAACGGCCGCAGACGGCGCAGGACUCUCAUCACAGGCAGCCAGCCGCUGCCAUCGCCCCUCCACGGCAACUUUGAAUCCUUCUUGCACAACCCAUACUCGGCCAUGGAUCGAGGCUCUGGUAAAACGGAAGCGGGUAAGCAAAAAGAUGAUUCUUCAAAGGCCGAUGACGCUCACAACAAGAGAGAAAAGUCUGCUGACCUUUUGACUCGCGAAGUCUCAGGAAUCUCUCUCAACACCCCGACCGAGGACGGACAUGACGUGAUCAGCGUCAAGAUCGCAGAUUUGGGUAACGCGUGCUGGGUUAACCACCACUUCACCAAUGAUAUCCAGACGCGACAAUAUCGGUCUCCGGAGGUGAUUUUAGGAGCAAAAUGGGGAGCAAGUACGGAUGUAUGGAGCAUGUCUGCCAUGGUCUUUGAGCUGAUUACGGGCGACUACCUCUUCGAUCCACAGUCGGGCACAAAGUAUGGCAAGGACGACGACCACAUUGCACAGAUCAUCGAACUGCUUGGCCCCUUCCCGCGCUCUCUCUGCCUCAGUGGCAAAUGGAGCCAAGAAAUAUUCAACCGGAAGGGCGAGCUCCGGCACAUUCACAGACUGAGACACUGGGCGCUGCCCGAUGUCCUAAAGGAGAAAUACCAUUUCAAAGAGGACGAGGCUAAGCGCAUCUCCGCUUUCCUGACUCCGAUGUUGGAGCUCGUGCCGGAGAAGCGAGCAAACGCCGGCGGCAUGGCCGGCCAUCCCUGGCUGGACGAUACCCCCGGCAUGAAGGGAGUCAAGAUUGAGGGGCUGGAAGUUGGUAGCCGCGGCGAGGGCAUCGACGGCUGGGCGACGGAGGUGAGAAGGCGAUAAACGGGAGCCGUGUAGACUUGAUGCGUCAAAAACCGCGAUCGCGCAUAGAGAUUCCUAUCGUCAGGCGUUGUGUGUGUCAUUUCAUGCAGUAAUACAAAUUUUGAGCGCGCUCAUCAACCCAGAGAUGGCGACUGCUGCCCCUGGUAUUUAUGACUGACU